AUGAAAUGGUAUUCACGUAAAACGUGUGCAAAAAACCGAAGAGGAAGACACACAACACCUGAGAGGAUGGAUAUGCAAAACAGGCCGGGAGGGAAGACAGGGGGCGGAGGCGUCGCCUCCUGGUCUGAGACCAAUCGCGACCGACGCGAACGACUGCGACAAUUGGCGUUAGAGACGAUCGAUUUGGCGAAAGACCCGUACUUCAUGAAGAACCACCUUGGUAGUUACGAGUGCAAACUGUGCCUCACUCUGCACAACAACGAGGGCUCAUACCUGGCGCACACUCAGGGCAAGAAACACCAGAGCAAUCUCGCCCGACGCGCCGCCAAAGAUGCCAAAGACUCGCCCGCAUUGCCCGCACCCGCGAAGGCCAGGGUUGACAUCAAGAAGUUCGUCAAAAUCGGAAGACCCGGCUAUCGGGUCACUAAACAGCUCGACCCGGAGCUCAACCAACAGUCACUCCUCUUUCAGAUCGAUUACCCAGAGAUCGGUGAGAAUAUCGCUCCUCGACAUCGGUUUAUGUCGGCCUACGAGCAGAAGAUAGAGCCGCCGGACCGUCGCUGGCAAUACCUGCUGUUCGCCGCCGAACCCUAUGAGACGAUUGGCUUUAAAGUGCCCUCACGUGAAGUCGACAAAACCGAAGAGAAGUUCUGGACGUUAUGGAACAAAGAGGCCAAACAGUUCUUCCUUCAGUUCGCCUUCAAAGUGGAGCCGCCGAAGGGAUCCGUCCCUAAGUUCCCGCCCGACGCACCCCCGCCUCCCCAUCAGACCAAUCCAUCACACAAUCAGAAUCAACGUAAUCCUUAUGAAAGUCACGAAACGAUGUUAUGUUUGGCCAGAAAUGUAUUGUUUAAUGACUUAAUCCGCGCCAAGAGAUUGCUGUCGUUGGGCCACAAGUGGCGGACAUUGAGUGAUAAACCGGUGGCCAAUGCGAAGGAGUCGGCGGCCGAAGACGUGAACGUGAUAUACGUGACCAAAAGCGGCGACCGGAAGGCCGUGAAGGGAACCGUUGGCCAGAAUGCCAUGUAUUUGGCACAUGAUAAUGGGGUGGACAUCGAGGGCGCGUGCGAGGCAUCGCUGGCCUGUUGCACGUGUCACGUAUACGUCAGACAAGACUUUUACGACAAACUCUCGCCGCCCACCGAAGACGAAGAGGAUAUGUUAGAUAUGGCGCCGCAGCUCAAGUCCAACUCCAGACUAAGUCCGCAACUGAUCCCACCAUAUGGUGUCCAUAUUAAUGACGUGUUUCCUCCCCUUUCAAUAGGUUGUCAAAUAAUGCUGACUCCAGAGUUGUCUGGCAUUGAAUUAACACUUCCAGCGGUGACCAGAAAUUUCUACGUCGACGGCAAGAAACCGACCCCUCAUUGA